AUGCGACUGUCUUGUGCAGCGAAUGAGCUGAUCGUGAUCGAAGAUGCCUUCUACGGUCAGAGGGAAGAAGGUCCUCACUGUGGAUGUAUGCUCAAGUCUUGUGACCAGUGUGAAAAGUCAACAACGGCGCUCACGGUGAAGUUUCUCACACGAAGAUUUAUCAACGAAUACGACCCUAACCUAGAGGACACGUAUACAAAAGAAGAGUCGGUAGACAACCAGCCAAGUAUUGUCAAAAUAAUGGACACGGCAAAGCAGGAACCAGGAAAUGGCAAGAACAGUGACCGGUAUCUGCGAUGGGCAGACGCCUUUAUUGUCGUUUAUAGUAUCAACAACAGGUUGAGUUUUCACGAAGCACGUGACUACCUGGAGGAAGUGACGCAACAGAAGCCGACCCAUCAGCAGUACGAGCCGCCAGUCAUCGUUCUGGGCAACAAGACAGACAUGGAGAGAUACAGACAAGUAAGCAAGGCAGAAGGCAACUCUCUGGCAUCUCAGUACGGCUGUUCGUUCUUCGAGGCGUCGGCUGCUGGGGACUACGAAGGUGUACAAAAGGUAUUUCACGGGGCGAUACGCGAAAUCAGGCGGGAGAGAGAGCGGAACAUGCCGCUUACCCCGCUCUUCAUAUCCGAGGACAAGUCAGGUCUACCCGCAACCACGGGGGCGCGCUCGCCAGUUCCCAAGAGAGGGGGCAAAUCCAAAAAUGUCCAGAAAAAAACCUCACCGGGAUUCAGAUUUUUCAAUAUCUCAAAAAUAUUUUAGAAACUAUAUUUAUAUGUGUGUAUAUAUAUAUAAUGUAUGUAUGUAUUUUGAAUAUGUAGAAUAUAUACUAUGCUGCAAUCGGAGAAGUGUUAAUAUGUAAAGCAUAUCAAUAAUCCGUAUCAGGAAUGCACAGUAGGCACAUCAGGCACGCACAACUUUAUACAAAGCAUAUACUUUACAAUAUUUCGGAUGUGUAUGGAGCUGGGCUUUUUUGAUUUAGCCCAGUCCGUCACUGUUUUUAAAAGAAAUAUCAAUCAUAACAGAGUAUUGAAGUAUGUAAAUAAAAUUUAGAAAAGCUUGCUAAUCUUUACAGCACACCAGUAUACAUACACAUUCCGUACAUACCACUUGAUAAAGAGUGCUACAGGAUAAGGUUAUUUUACCUCAUUGAAUAAAAUGGCAUUAUUUAUCAGUAACCAUUAAUUCCCACUCUCCCAUUUUAAUAAAUGCCAAUGUUACCAGGAAAUUGGCGUUUUGUUC